UUGGAUUUAAUAAAUUUAUUUAUGUGUUUACACCAAUUUAAUUGUAUAUGUAAUAGUUACUGACAUUUUCAUUAUUCAAUAUAUAUUUAUUAUUUCAUAAGUAUGUAAAAAACUUGUAGUACAUAAAAAUAAUAUAUAUAUUUAUAUAAUGUUCAUUCCGUGCAAGACGCGGAUCUUAAGGUAAUUUGAAAAACUACAAUUUUCUGCAAACUACAAAGAAGUCUAUAGGGUGAUGAAUUAACAAUUGUUGAACAGUUUUUAUGUAGCUAAAUAUUUAUUCAAAAUUUGUAGACAUCAUUUGUUAGUAGAAACACAAACAAAACAAACAAUUAAACUUAAGCACAAGAAACAAAAAAAGCACUGAUAUAAUUUCAGACUAAAUUAUAUUUUCUAAGAUAUAUAUGUGAUAUAAAAACGUGUAAAGCCUUUUUGAUUGUAUAUUAUAGAAAAACUGAAUGAUAAUUUUGAAAAUUUAUUUAUGAUUGUUUAUCAAUAAUCAAAAUGAUAUAGAAUUUAUGUUGAUAUAUAUUGAAGAACUAAAGUAAAGCUAAGAGUUUAUAAAGAAAAUGAAUUAACAACAACAUUGCUGUAUAAUAAUUAAAUAAAUAUGUAAAGAUAUUAAAAUUUAUCAAAACUUAUAUUUUUAGAUAUAUUUUAAAACACAUUUAUUGUUACAUGAGCAUAUUAUUAUGUGUAUUAUUUUACUGGACAUUCACAUGAUUAACAUACCUAAAAUACCUUCAAGAAUAUGUAAGAAAAAAUGGAUCGGUAGCAUUCUAUAAAUAAGAGCUACUUAAAAUAGUGAAAAUUAAUAAAACUCAAUACUUCUAAAUAUUUUUUUAUAGAUAUCUAUUUAUCACCCCCACUACAUAUAAUGUAAUACAAAUAAACCUAUUAGAGUGAGCCACGAGACACUAAACCUAUUAGCUUUAGACACGUAGAUUUCUGGAUAUGCCUUAAUUAUCUAAAAUUGACAGAUGACAAAAAUAUGUGUAUUGACAUCAGGAUUGCUAUACAUCAAAAAAGUAACUUGUAAAUAUUAGAUUUUACCAAAACUUUUUACAUGGUGUUUGGUGAGUUAGACAUCCAUGCUUACUCAGUCACUAUAUAUGUUUCCUUCUCUCAUACCAUCAACCCAACAAAAAGAACACAAAUACCUUACCACCCAAACUGAAAGAAUUUGAGUAGUCAUGGAACCAACCAAUGAUGCUCAUGAGAUGGUGGAAACUAACGCUAGAGCUACCACUGACGCUCAGCUGUAUCCGCCACCCGAAGUGCUAGCCGUUGAUGAGAAUAUUACUGCGAAUCCAAGCCAUGACGGGAGAUACAUACAAUACAACAUACGUGAUAAUAUCAUCGAACUCACUGCAAAGUAUAAGCCACCAAUCAUGCCUAUUGGCAGAGGUGCUUAUGGCUUCGUUUGUUCAGCUACAAACUGGGAGACCAAUGAAAAGGUGGCAAUAAAGAAGAUUGAUCAGGCAUUUGAAAACAAAAUCAAGGCAAAGAGAACGUUACGUGAAAUCAAGCUUCUUCGUCACUUCAAGCAUGAAAAUAUUAUUGGAAUCAAAGACCUUAUAUUGCCUCCUCAGAGAGAUGCUUUUGAAGAUGUAUACAUUGCAUUUGAGUUGAUGGAGACGGACCUUCAUAACAUCAUAACAUCUGGUCAAGAGCUAGAGCCACUUCAUUACGAGGUUUUCUUGUACCAAAUUCUGUGUGGAUUAAAGUACAUUCACUCAGCCAAUGUGUUACAUAGAGAUUUAAAACCAAGCAACCUCCUCGUGAAUGGGAACUGUAAACUAAAGAUCUGUGAUUUUGGACUUGCUCGUGGUACUUCGGAGCAUAAUGCAAUGACUGAGUAUGUUGUCACAAGGUGGUACCGUGCACCUGAGCUUCUCCUAAACUCAUCUGCUUACACCUCAGCUAUAGAUAUAUGGUCUGUUGGCUGUAUCUUCUUGGAGUUGCUGACUCGCAAAACGGUCUUCCGCGGUAGAGAUACUGUUCAUCAGCUUCGUUUGAUCUUGGAGCUCCUAGGCUCUCCAUCAGAAGAAGAACUUGGAUCAUUGAGUGAAAAUGCUAAGCUAUACUUAAGGCAGCUUCCUAAUCAUGAUCGCCAAUCAUUCUUUGUGGUAUUCCCAAACGUGCCUUACCCUGCUCUUGACUUGAUAAUGAAGAUGCUAAAGUUUGACCCUAGACAAAGAAUCUCAGUUGAAGACGCGCUUGAUCAUCCAUAUCUGAGAGAGAUGCACGACUUCACUAAUGAACCAGUGUGCAUGACCCCAUUCAACUUCGAUUUAGAGGAACAGCCACUCACAGAGGAGGAGAUUAAGGAGUUAAUCUACCGUGAAGCCUUAGCUUUCAGCCCUUAACCAACAGGAGUUGAAAACGAACAUUGACUUUGUCUUGGAAGCAAUUCAUGAAAAAAUUAUCAUCAGUCUUCUCAACUCAUAAAAAUAUAAAAAAUAUUUCUAUGUAAUAAGAUAUUGUGCUAGAUAUCCUAAAUAAACCAUAUUUGGUAUUGUAAGAUUAUAUAAUAUUUACCUAAAUAAACUAGAGAAAGAAAAUAAUGAUUAUGUGGGAAUUAUUAUUAA